AGAUAAUGGCAGAUAGAAUCAGUGAGUUUCACGAUUCAAUUCUUUGUCACAUUCUUUCUUUUCUUCCAACCAAACAUGCUGCAACCACAAGCAUCCUCUCUAAGAGAUGGAAAUCAUUAUGGCUUUCAGUCCUCACUCUCGAAUUCGACUGCAAAUCCUUCAAAGACAUGGCCUACCAUGGAUAUUCUGUACACCAAUUGAUGCUCUUACGAAAAAUUGAACUUCCAAUCCUUUCGUUUCGUUUCAAUUGCAACUACUGGUGUCCAAUUCAAACCCAACGUGAUGUUACUCUAUUUGUUUCCUAUCUAAUGAAUCGAGGAAUAGAGAAUCUUAACAUUCACAAUGACAUGAAAUUACCAUCUAGUAUUCUUAGUUGCAAGACCCUUAAGGUUCUUAAGUUGAAAGGAAUAAUAGUGAAUGGUUUUUCUCAUCAAGUGGAUUUUCCUGUUCUUAAAAUUCUUCAUUUAGAGAGAAUGAUUUUCGAACGGCAUGAAUUGCUUGUUAAACUUCUCUCUGGUUGUCAUAUACUUGAGGAAUUGGAAACUGAAUAUUUAUGUUUUCGUAGUCUUUCGCGUGUUCCAGCGAAAGAGUUUGAUGGUUUGUUACCUAGUUUAGUCCGAGCAAAGAUUUCUUGUCAUGAUUCUAUUAUUCCUUUUCAUUUGGUUCGCAAUGUGGAGACUCUACAUAUGGAAAAGGCACAAUUGGAAUGUUGUACUACUAAACUUCCCAUGUUUCAUAAUCUGACACACGUGAAACUUCAAUUUUCCUUUGAUAUGUGGGGUUGGUUGCAACAAAUGCUUCAACAAUGCCACAAACUUCAAAGUUUAAUCAUACAGGGUUGUGAAUUUCAAGACGAACGUUGGAACGACCAAAGUUGGAACGAUCCACCAAUAGUUCCAAAGUGUCUUUCAUUGCACCUGAGAACAUGUUGUCUUGCAGAUUGUAAAGGCACGGAAUCUGUGCUCCAAUUUGCAAAGUAUAUUUUGCAAAAUUCGAAAAUACUAAAGACUAUGAAAAUUAAGUAUGAUUGCUGUGCAGAUAUAAAAGCAAAACACCAAAUGACAGCGGAAUUAUCUUCAUUCACAAAGGGCUCUACAAUGUGUGAAGUUGUUUUUGAAAACUCGGUAACUAAUUCUAUUACCGACUAAUCCAGAAAACAGUCGAAUGCUGUAAUUUUAUAUCUAUAUGGAAA